AUGCUGUGGAGCUGCUUCCAGCUGCAGAACUGGGGGCGCUGCCUUCUGAAAGGCGCUUUGCCUGGUCCUGUGGUGUUGGGGCCUAAUUCCCAACUCCAUGCUCGGGCUUAUGCCCCGCCAGCAGAAAGAAAACGUUUUUAUCAGAAUGUCACUAUCACCCAGGGUGAAGGUGGCUUUGAGAUAAACCUGGAUCACAGGAAGCUGAAAACCCCUCAAGCCAAGCUCUUUACGGUCCCCAAUGAGGCCUUGGCCACUGCAGUGGCCACUGAAUGGGACUCACAGCAGGAUACCAUCAAGUUCUACACUAUGCACCUGACCACAUUGUGCAACACUUCUUUGGACAACCCAACCCAGCGAAACAAGGACCAACUGAUCCGGGCAGCUAUGAAGUUUCUGGAAACUGAUACCAUCUGCUACAGAAUAGAGGAGCCGGAGACAUUAGUGGAACUUCAGAAGAAUGAGUGGGACCCCAUGAUCAAGUGGGCCAAUAAGAGGUAUGAUGUAGAGAUUGGCACCUCUACCAGCAUCCUGGGGCCUAGCAUCCCAGCCAAAACUCAGGAGACACUUACCAGCUAUCUGGCAUCUUACAACAUGUGGGCCCUCCAAGGGAUUGAAUUUGUGGUGGCCCAGCUUAAAUCCAUGGUGUUGACCCUAGGCCUGAUGGAUUUGCACCUGACAGUGGAGAAGGCUGUGCUGCUUUCUCGCCUGGAGGAGGAGUACCAGAUCCAGAAGUGGGGCAACAUCAAGUGGGCCCACAACUAUGAGCUUCAAGAGCUGCGGGCCCGCACAGCCGCUGGCACCCUCUUUGUGCACCUCUGUUCUGAGAGCACGACUGUCAAACAAAAGAUCCUGUAG